ACUCAUUCGCUAUACAGCUGUUUGGUUCGCUUCAAAGCAUAUACUUUCAGAAAGUGUUUCUUUAUAAGAUAAACUUUGAAUUGAAAUAUGUUUAUUAUAAUUUUUGCUUUUGCGCUUAUAGCAACAAAUUAUGUUACAGCAGAAAUACCCUCCUUCAUUAAUGUGUGUGGACGCAAAAAUCCGAAUCUUAAUAAAUGCAUCUUAGACAACAUUGAUAAUAUAAAAGAUAAGAUUUGCGAAGGAAUCCCGGAAUUGGACAUUCAGCCGAACGAUCCAUUCGUUAUUGAUAAUUUAAUCAUUUCUGAUACACCUAAUUCUAAAAUAUCUCUUAAAAAUACACAAGUGACGGGACUUUGUGAUUUUGUCGUAAAAUACCUUCAAUCAGAUCUCGAGAAACUUCACUUCGAUUUUGAGCUUGUAUUCAGACGAAUUCAAAUGAAUGCCACGUAUGAUUUCGACAUACGUUUACUGGUGCCUAUUGUUCACAAGGGACCGGUUUACAUCACUACAAAUAACGUAGAAGCAAAGGUAAACAUUGACAUGAAAGUAGUAACUAGAAACGGCAAGAAAUACGUGUAUUUAGGAAAGAUGAAGGUAAAUCUUGACAUCAAAGGAUACACCGCUGAAUAUGGAUUGGAUAACUCAGAACUAAGCCGAUUAAAUGAAGUCAUUAGCAAUUUUAUAGGCAACAAUCAACAGGAGGUUAUUAGUGUCUUCAAGCCGGCAAUAGAAGAAACAAUUGUCAAACGAGUUAUUUUGCUUUCCAAUAAUAUAGUUAAACACUUUACGUUGGAGGAGCUUUUCCCUGAUCGAGAAUAAAUCGCAUAAUAAGUUUUUGAAUUUCAUUGUCACGCAAUCAUUUCGUCUAUUUUGUGAUUUACUUAACCCUUUCGUACUUCCGGAUUUUCCAAAAGAAAUGCGUUUCGUAUGACGAUUUUAUAGGUUUUUAGGAGUGCUGAUUCCAAAUUUACUAUUAAAAUUCAAAUUCAAAAUGACGAAUUUUGAGAUGGCAGUCAUGAAAAGCUGAAAUAUGAUAUAUUCAAAAUAUGACUUUGGAUUUUAUUUUUUUAAAUAUAUAUCGUAGCAUACACACACACACACGAGACUAUUCAACCU